AUGGACGGAAAGCGCAACAUUGUCAUCAUAGGCGGAGGUAUCAUUGGCAACACCACCGCCUACUUCCUCACCCGCCACCCGAAAUUCAACCCUGCACUGCACAGCAUCACCAUCCUCGAGGCGGGCUCCGCCAUCGCCACCGGCGCCUCCGGCAAGGCAGGCGGCCUGCUCGCGCUGUGGGCCUACCCGUCGAGCCUCGUUCCGCUGUCAUACAAGCUCCAUGCCGAGCUCGCCGCCGAGCACGACGGGCCCGAGAAAUGGGGCUACCGCAAGGUCAAGUGCGGGAGCAUCGAAGCUUCUGUCCCCGAGAGCAAGAUUGCCGAGAUGCAGAAGCGCAUCGCCGCGGCGACCCAAAACGGCCCAGACGGCAAGACGUGGGAGAAGCUGCCGAAGCAGGACACUGCCGCGCAGGGCCUGCUCAAGGACGCUCCGCUGCCGGACGAGCUGGACUGGGUGGAUCGGGAUGUGGUUGUCGACUGGUCAGAGAUGGGCCGUGGCGGAGCGGUCGACACGGCGCAGGUGCACCCGUACCACUUUACCAUGUCCAUGGCCGGCCUCGCUGAGGCGGCUGGCGUCAGGACGCGGACAAAAACACAAGUGACGGGGAUUAACGUCGCGGGUGACAAGGUGGAGGGCGUCGAGUACAUGGAUCGCGCGACGGGGCAGACGGUGACGCUGGAUGGCGUGACGGACCUCAUCGUGGCGGCUGGACCGUGGACGGGAAAGCUGCUUCCACGAUCAAAGGUCGACGGCCUGCGCGCGCACAGCGUCGUGUAUGAGGCCGACGUCAGCGCCUUUGCCAUCUUCACCGACGUUGAGCUGCCGCGGACCUUUGUGCCGGCGCACCGGGCCGCCAGGGGCGAGAAGAGGAUGCACAAGGGACGGGUCGACCCUGAGAUUUACGCGCGCCCAUUUAAUGAGGCAUAUGCCUGCGGUGAGCCCGAUACGCUUGUUCCGCUCCCCGACGUCGUCGACGACGUGCGCUACGACGAGGGCCUCUGCGACGACCUCGCGGCCUACGUCGGCACCUUUAGCCCUGCCCUGGGCACCGCGCCGAUCAAGGCCAAGCAGGCUUGCUAUCUGCCGCGACACAUGCGCUUCGGGCAGGAGAGCGGACCGCUGAUUGGAAAGACGGUGGUGCCGGGGCUGUAUGUGGCUUCGGGGCACACGUGCUGGGGAAUUCAGAAUGCGCCGGCCACCGGCAAGCUCAUGUCUGAAAUUGUGUUUGACGGAGAGGCGACGAGCUCGAACAUUGAGAAUCUUGACCCAAGAAAGUUCAAGGUAUAA